CAGCCGCCCAUUCAAGCGCCCCCCGCCGCCGGCCGCGCGUCUCGGGGAGCGGAGCGAGCCGCGACGAGGGGACGGAGGCGGCGGAGGAGGAGGGACUGAGUCUUUUCACUCUGCCAGCGAUGUUCUCCCUAAAUUCAUGUAGAAGAGAUUCAAGAGAUUUGUUGAAGGAAUUUCCCCAACCAAAAAACUUACUCAACAGUGUGAUUGGAAGAGCCUUGGGCAUAUCCCACGCACGAGACAAGCUGGUGUAUAUUCAUACCAAUGGGCCUCGAAAAAAGAAAGUCACGCUGCUCAUCAAGUGGCCAAAAACGGUGGAGGUAGAAGGCUAUGGGACCAAGAAGAUUGAUGCAGAACGACAGGCGGCAGCCGCUGCUUGCCAGCUCUUCAAGGGUUGGGGUUUGCUGGGACCCCGGAAUGAGCUCUUCGAUGCUGCCAAGUACCGCAUCCUUGCUGAGCAGCUGGGCUGCCCUGAGGAGAAGUGGUGCUCGGAGGGCAGGUGGCGCUCCAAGUCCGGACCUUCCCUGGCUGAUAUUUCAACCUGCUGGAGGCGGGUAGAGCCGGACGAGCCCAUCCAGGCCCUGGAGCACAACCAGCUGCUGAAGCCCAUCCGCAAGGAAGAGCUGGAGGAGGGGGAGCUGGAGGAAGGGGAGCUGGAGGAGGGGGAGCUGGAAGAUGACGCCAUCAACGUUUCCGACUAUCUGUCCGUGGCGCAUCCUGGGGCUCGGACGCCCUCCAGAGACAUCAGGGAUGGCUUCUCCCUGGAUAUGACGGAUGACAACACAGCACUCCGGGCACUGACCCAGUUUCCGCUCCCCAAAAACCUCCUAGCCCAGGUGAUUCAGAUCGCCACUUCUUCAUCCACGGUCAAGGAGUACAUGCAGUUCAGGACAGUGGGCACCAAGACCAAGAUCUGCAAGCUGACGCUCCGCUGGCCGUGCCCCAUGACCUUUGCCGCUAAGGGGCGCCGCAAGGUGGAGGCCGAGAACAAAGCAGCUGCUUUGGCCUGCCAGAAGCUGAAGAGCCUCGGCUUGGUAGAUAAGAACAACAACCCCCUGAGCCAUGCCAUGUAUAACAUGACAUCCCUCCGGGAACUCGGAGAAAACCAGAGGAAGCCCUGCCACAUCAAAGUCCCAGAGGCCACGCUGCACAAGAUCGAGAACUACCUAAACCACUACCCAGUAGACAGCCGGGAUUCCAGACCUCGGCUUGCCGAUGACAUGAUGAACCUGAGCAAGGAGACUGGCACCCUCAGCGACGCCAUCACAGGCAAGCCCUACGUCCCCAUGCUGGAGUCAGAGGAAGUGCGCCUGAGCCAGAAUCUCCUGGCCCUUUGGAAGAGGAGGGGCUCGGCGUGGCAGGAGAGCCACCCUCUGCCUGUGGACUCCCACAGAGAAGCCAUCCUCUCUGCUGUGGAGCAGAACCCGGUGGUGGUGAUUGCCGGGGACACAGGGUGUGGGAAAACCACCCGCAUCCCCCAGUUGAUACUGGAGCACUCUAUUCUGGAAGGGCGUGGGGCUCGCUGCAAUAUGGUCAUCACUCAGCCUCGGCGGAUCAGCGCCAUCUCCGUGGCCCAGCGUGUGGCCCAGGAGCUGGGACCAAACAUGCGGAAGAACGUGGGCUACCAGGUGCGGCUGGAGAGCAAGCCGCCUGCGCGAGGGGGAGCCCUGCUCUUCUGCACCGUGGGGAUCCUCCUGCGGAAACUGCAGAGCAACCCUCGCCUGGAGGGCGUCAGCCACGUCGUCGUGGACGAGGUGCACGAGCGCGAUGUCAACACCGACUUCCUGCUUAUCCUGCUGAAGGGCAUCCAGAAGCAGAACCCAGACUUCCGCCUGGUGCUCAUGAGUGCCACGGGAGACAACCAGCUGUUUUCGCAGUACUUUGGGGACUGCCCUGUGGUCAAGGUGCCAGGCUUUAUGUAUCCCGUCAAAGAGUACUACCUGGAGGAGAUCACGGCCAUGCUGGGGCGGCACAGGCAUCGCCACUACGAGAUCAAGCAGUCGGAUGAGGAGUGCGUCCUUGACCUUGAGCUGAUCUCUGACCUGGUGCUCCAGAUUGAUGCCCACGGAGAACCAGGUGGGAUCCUCUGCUUCCUGCCCGGCUGGCAGGAGAUCAAAGGAGUGCAGCAGCGCCUCUUGGAGAGCCUGGGAACUCACAACAGCCGCUACCUUGUUUUACCAGUUCAUUCCAACAUCCCGAUGAUGGACCAGCAGAGCAUCUUCCCACGGCCGCCUCCCGGUGUACGGAAGAUUGUCCUCGCCACCAACAUUGCCGAGACCUCCAUCACAAUCAACGAUAUUGUGCAUGUUGUGGACAGUGGGACCCACAAGGAGGAACGCUAUGACCUCAAGACCAAGGUAUCGUGCCUGGAGACUGUGUGGGUGUCAAAGUCCAACGUGAUCCAGAGGCGCGGGCGUGCUGGUCGCUGCCAGUCGGGCUUUGCCUACCAUCUCUUCCCUCGCAGCCGCCUAGACAGGAUGCCCACCUUCCAAGUGCCUGAAAUCCUCCGCACCCCUCUGGAGAACCUGGUUGUGCAGGCCAAGCUCCACAUGCCAGAGAAAACGGCUGUUGAAUUCCUCUCCAAAGCCUUGGAUAGUCCAGACAUCAAAGCUGUGGAUGAAGCCGUGAUCCUUUUGCAGGAGAUUGGUGUGCUGGACCACAGGGAGGCCUUGACCACUCUGGGCAAGCGUCUGGCGCAGAUCUCCACGGACCCUCGGCUGGCCAAAGCCAUUGUGCUGGCCUCCAUCUACCGCUGCAUCCACCCGCUCUUGGUCAUCGUCUCCUGCCUCACCCGGGACCCUUUCAGCAGCAGCCUGCAGAACCGGACAGAGGUGGACAAGGCCAAGGCCCUGCUGAGCCAGGAGAGUGGCAGCGACCACCUGGCUUUUGUGCGGGCUGUGGCAGGCUGGGAAGAUGUGCUGCGGCGCAGGGACAGCCGGGCUCGCGACAACUACCUGCAAGAUUAUCUCCUGUACGCCCCCAGCCUGCGCUUCAUUAACGGUCUUGUGAAGCAGUUCUCGGAAAAUCUCUAUGAGGCUUACCUGGUGCCAACCCCCUCUGACUGCCUCCUGCCCUCAUCUGUAUGCAACCAGUACAGUGAGGAAGAGGAGCUGGUGAAGGGCGUUCUCAUGGCUGGGCUGUACCCUAACCUCAUCCAGGUGAGGCAAGGCAAAGUGACCAGGCAGGGCAAGUUCAAGCCCAAUAGCUACACCUACCGGACAAAAGCUGGCACCGUCCUUCUGCACAAGUCCACCAUCAACAGAGAAGCAUCAAAGCUGUACAGCCGCUGGUUGACGUACUUCAUGGCGGUCAAGUCCAACGGCGGUGUGUUUGUGCGUGACUCUUCCCAGGUGCACCCACUGGCCGUGCUGCUCAUGACAGACACGGACAUCCAUGUGCGGGACGAUGGCUGGCGGGCGACCGUCUCCCUGGUUGACAGCGACCUCCUGGUGCUGGAAGGGGACUCCUACACCGUCCGGCUCCUGCGUGACUUCCGCGUGGCCCUUUCUCGGAUGGUGGAGGCCUGCCUUUGCUAUGAGAUGGCAGCCAUUCCUGGGGACCUUCAUCACCAGCACAGCCAACUGCUGGACAUCCUGGUGGAUCUACUGAAGGGGCCUCCGGGCAGCUUUGGAGCUUAGCCCCGGCCGCCGCAGAGGAGCUGGACACGGGGACUUGUAAUUUGUAUAAAGAUGUUGACAAAUGUUUAUUUAAAUAAAGUUCUAUUUAUCCCUUGUGA